GGUUGGAUGAUGCCAGAGCAUGUGCUCUAUGUCUUCCUACUGACAUCGAGGCAACACGAAAAAGGAAUCUAUGGUUGCGUUGCUGAAAUAGGUGUGCAUCACGGAAAAUUUUGGUUGUCUAUUUCCGGAUUUGCCGACAAGAAGGAGCCUGUAGUGGCCAUUGAUCUCUUUCACAAUCAAGUGUCCAACUUUGAUCACUCUGGUUAUGGUUCCAAAGAACUUUUCUUAGCGAACGCAGAAAAGGCUUUGGGCUUGGGCGAGGACGACAUCCAUAUCGUGACAGCUGAUUCUUCUGCUUUAUUUGCAAGCAAUUUUAGUGCUCUAGGCCUCCACGAUUUUCGAUUCUUUUCUGUGGAUGGUGGUCACUCCCUUGAGAACACUCUCCGUGACCUAACUUUAGCGAGUUGUUUGCUUGUUGAUGGGGGGAUCUUGGUUGUAGAUGACUUCAUCAAUCUGGAUUGGUUGGGUGUUCCUACUGCCGUUUUUAAUUGGAUCCCUGAACAAAUACGGGUUGCGCCGUUCCUGUGGGCGUACAAUAAGUUGUAUUUCACGACCAUCUCCCAUCAUUCAGCGUAU